GCAAGCCUUCUUAGAUUCGACCGUACAAAGUAGAGACACGGUCCUGUUUAGUGUUACAAAACUAGUUAUUAUAUAAAUAGUCAUUAAUGUGAUUUGUGCGACGCGAUACUGUGCCUCGAUAAUAGUGACUCGAUGCAACGCGACAGUUGUGUUUUUGGACCUGUAGUUCCAACACCUGCUAUUUUACCUGACGUGUUUAUUCGUGCAACUGUUUCCCGCCGAAAUUGUUUUUUUCUAUGUACCAUAUCCAGUAAUAAAAUAGGAUUUAUAUAUGGAAUAGUGCGUGCAUAGCAAAGCGUAGGCCACACCAUUCGAAUAGAAUUCAAAUGAAAAGUUUCUCCAUAGUAAUAGUACGUGUUUCGCUUACUUAUUGCCAUAUACGUUGCUUGCGGACACAAUAGCAAUGUAUAUUUCCCUUAUACAGCCGAUGUAUUCGAAUAAAUCCGAGUUGAUCGAAUCGUGAGUUAAUCGAGUGAUCGAGCCAGCGAUGCGGACUCAGUGAGAUGAUAAAAUUUCGGUAUAAACGUAAAGAAACGAACGAUGGAGCUGGAACGAAGAACGGGACGGCGAUGCAGAAGAAAGUUGAAGGUCUGUGGGACAUCGAGCUUUUGCCGCCGAAGGAUCUGCUCAGCAACUCGGUGGCGGGUGUGAGGAAUAAUACCCUACCACGGUCACGGCCGCCAUCCGCACCGUCAAGAAGGGAAUUGAUUGAACAAACGCCAUUACUAAAUCAAACUACGUUGACUCUUUUUCGUGAAUUGUUUACGCAAUUGCAAUGGUCAGCGGAGCGAGCCCCAGCUGCCGACGCGCUGCGACGGGCUCUUGGGGGCGGUGGAGCCCGCUUUCAACUGGGCUGCAUGGCGGACGCCAGUGAAUGUUUCGAACACCUACUCCUAAGGGUCCACGCUCACGUGGCUACCACAACCGCAGACAGAAAAGACGAUGACGCCUGCAGAGCGGCACACUGUGUGCCUCAUAGAAAGUUUGCAAUGAUGCUCAUCGAGCAAUCCGUGUGCGGGUCAUGUAAUGCCACAUCGAAGCCGCUGCGAUUUACUCAGAUGGUGCAUUAUGUAUCUGCAACUGCCUUGACAGCGCAAGCUGCCUUGGGAGAACAUGGGGAUAGCUUCGGAUUAUUAUUAAAACAGGCCGGCGGCAUGGGCGACAUUCGAGAUUGUCCGAACGCAUGCGGAGCGAAAAUACAAAUAUGCCGAACAUUAAAUAAUCGUCCGGAAAUUCUAUCCAUUGGCAUGGUAUGGGACUCUGAAAGACCAUCAGCUGAACACGUAGCGGCAGUCUAUGCAGCUCUCGGUACUGAACUACGUCCGGCCGACGCCUUUCAUUCAUGUGCAGAUUGGUCAUGGGCUACGCGAGCCACGCAUAGGCUCGUAGGACUCGUAACCUACUAUGGCAAACAUUACUCAACUUUCUUUUUCCAUAGUAAACUGCGUCUAUGGAUAUAUUUUGAUGACGCCGAUGUGAAAGAAGUCGGCCCCGAAUGGUCGCAAGUUGUAGAGAAAUGUUGCAAAGGGAGAUUUCAACCUUUGCUUUUACUGUACGCUGCGGUGGAUGGUACACCGUGUGACACGCGCCAUGCUCCUAAAGAUGUGAUCCCAUUUCCAGCACCAGAGCCGAGACGAGCAAUUACACCAGCUCCUGAUCGACAAAUCACCAGUCUAGCACAAAUCUAUCCUAGACGUGCUGUAACUCCUGGACCUGAUAACGAAAACGAUUACAUUAGUAGAAAAAGUGUAGAAAAUAUGCUUGAAAAUAGUCGUCAUACCCAAUUAGGUCGCAGUAUGAGUACAGGAUCAGGUUCAGAUAGCUCAGGACCUAGAGUACGAAGAGACUCCGGCAACUGGAGCGGGGACCGUAAUAGUGCUUCAUCCGCCUCGUCGUCAAUGGAGAGUCCUUACAUAUAUACUAGAGGUCGUGGACCAGGCAGUGUGCCAAGUAGUCCUACUCGUAAAGGCGAACUGUCUAGUGGCGGUUCGUGUGAUGCAGGAUAUGAUUCGUAUUCCUUGUCGUCUACGGAUAGUCUACCGCUUCAGCAAGGCAUACGUAACAUGCAUCUAGCUCAAUUACCAGAUAUAAAAGCAAGAGGUAACUGUGAGGCUUUAUGUUUAGAAGCAGACAGAUUACUUGAAAAAUCCCGCCAUGCGGAAGAUGCAGCAGACUACGAAACUGCUGUAGUUCUAUGUGAUGCUGCUACAUCUAAAGCUCGAGCUGCAAUGGAAGCGCCAUAUAAUAAUCCACAUACAAUGACUGUGGCACGGAUGAAACAUAACACUUGUGUUAUGCGCUCACGAAGUUUGCAAAGACGUAUGGCUGGUAAAAGUAGAGUUACUGAAAUUCCGCAAAUAGCACCCGUUAGAAAUACAAAAGGAGGUCUUGAAAAUGCCUCUGCUACUAUUGAAAUUUACGCUACAUUACCUAAAAAGAAAACCUCCGCCAAGAAAUCUCCGAAGUCUAUUGAAGACGAUAUCAAUAAUCCACCUUGCGAGCGCCCACCACGACAUAAAUCGCGAGACGAUGAAAAAGUGAGAGAAAAACGAUCAAGAAGUGAAGACCGAGGUCGUGCUCGUAAAGAAAUACCAGUAGCUACUGAGAAAAAAGAAGAAAUAACUACUGACGAUAAGAAGGCAAGUAAAAAACAACAUAAAAUACGAAGAAAAUUAUUAAUGGGUGGACUGAUAAGAAGAAAAAAUCGGUCUAUGCCUGACUUAACAGAAGGUGCGGACGGAAACAAUGAGGCACCGAACAAAGAAAAACGUAUUUCAUCUGUAGAUGAUGGUGAAGUCGGAAGAAGAAAAAGCGAUGAUAAAACAAACUUAAGUGGUUAUUUAUCUGAAGGCCAUUUAGAAUAUUCAACCGCAAGUGGAACAAAUCCGAACCUAGAAAGAAGUAAACUUAUGAGGAAAAGUAUACACGGUAGCGUUGGCAAAAUACUUACUGCCACAAAAGUUCCGCCACCACCACCGUUACGAACCACUUCCCAGCUUAGCGGGCCUAAGUUUGAUACAGAAGUGAUGGAGCAUGGCACACAUUGUCAACCACAGCCAUCUGUGACUAGAGAUAACUUCUCUUACAUGCAACAAGAUAAUGAAGAAGAUGGAGGAUUUUCGGAACAGUAUGGUGAUGAACCACAAUCUUUGCCUUUCUUACCGUCCUCUUAUGAUGGUCAGCAAAUGAACCCUUAUAGACUUGAUGAUUCUCCAUCUCAAAACUUUCGAAUGGUUGUUACUAAGGCCAUGAUUCACCAGGAGCAAAGUCCAGUUAAGAAUGAACAUAUGCCUGUCAUACAACCUACACAAAGUAAUAUUCAGAAUCUUAGCAAUGCAUUUAAUCAAGGAGUUGACGUAGUAGAUUGCGCUUUACCAAUAAGGAGGUCGCCACAAAUAUUCGAACUGCCUCCUUACCCCAGUCCAAUGAAUUCAGUAAAUCACUCCAGACAACCCAGUGAGGAAUUUCCUCCUCCACCGCCACCUAUAGAUUUAACUCCUCUCGAAGAGGAACUGAACAAUAUAAAAAAUAUGGAUGACUACAAUUCACUUAGUAAUAUGACGAAUGAUACUCAGAUACCUAAAGGAUCAUUAUUAGCACAGUUACGAGAAAAACGUAACCAGAUUCUUAGGAAUACUGAAGUUACUCCAAAGGUCAAUAAAAAGGAAACAAUGAACACAGUCUGUAAUUCAUGGUUACGAGAACUUCAAUCUAAACAGGCUGCUAUUAAAUUGAAAAGGUCAAAUUCACUCGAAGGACAACUUUCUGGACCUAAUGAAAAUCCUCAACAAAUAGCAGAAAACUCUAAUAUUGUCAAAAAUAAUACUCAGAUGUUUGAAAAUAUUGGCCGAAAUAUUGCGCCAGAUGUAGAACGGUCUCAUAUUGGUUUUGUGGAUAUGAGAGCUAAUAGAGAUGUUAUUAAUUGCGCUAAUCAAUCCAGCGCAUGUAUGUAUAAUAGACGUACGUCAUCGUCGUCAAUAGAUCCUAACCAGUUACAAGACGAAUAUAAUGACCAACAGCAGUCUAUUAAUACUACGAUAUCGUCUACGUUUGGAGAUAAGCCUAAAAAGAAAUCAGUGUCUUUCUGCGACCACGUAGUCAUAGUAUCAUCUAAAGCUGAAGAAGAAGAGGAUAAUAACUAUAUACCUAAUCCAAUAUUGGAACGAGUUUUAAAAUCUGCAAUGAAUAAAAGACAAAUGACUAUAAUGCCUUUACAGUCGGAAAAGUCUACGCUUCAAAGACAAGAUUCUUUUGAUAGUCAGUCAUCAAGAUCCACAACAUUAUCAUCAUCACAAAAUUCUUUUGCACAGAGCGACAAUGACCAUAACGACUACUCAAGACUACAGGAGACUUAUGUACCAUAUCAAGCGCCACCACAGUCACACCAGCAACCACUUGGAGCACCAAAAAGAGCAGGUAUAUAUGAAAAACUUCCUCCUUCUACACUACCCUCACACAAUAUAAACGGCACAAAUACAAAUCUACCUAUAUCAGCUGGAGUACCAAAAAAUGUAACUAAUCCUAUACCGUACAAUCAACCACCGUCAGCCUAUUCAAAUCAAAAUCUUACCCCACCGAUGUAUAGUCUAAACUCAUUGAGUAGACUGACUCCUACUGGACACAGUUCUUAUGUGCCCGCGCAUUUACUGAGGUCUGUUCCUAAUACAUAUCCGCACCCACCCAAUCAAAUGCAUCAAGCAACGCCAGCGCAAAACGGCAAUAGCUAUCAAAGAGAUACAAGGUUACCGCAGCACACAUCGCCUCCCACCAACACCUAUAAUACAAAUCGGCAACCUAAUCAAAGCAUGCAAAGCAAUACUUCGCCGUACCAAAGUGUACCCACCAAUUCGCCGGCUUACCAGAGCUACCACAACCCACCGACAAACUACGCUAGCUCCGAGUAUUCUAGUCGAUACCCGGUGAAUAGUACAAACAACCACUACGGUGCGGCUAUGUUAUAUCAGAGAGUUCCUCCUCCCCAUGGAGACUCGCCUGUAGAUAAUUACAAUAGUAACACUAAUAAAGUUUCAAAUAAUUACCUUGAUAAUAAUUCCAAUCAACCACUUGCACACGACGUUAGGCAUUACGCGAAUUCUCAACAGCAGCGACCUAUGUACAAUCAGCCUUACAAUAUAGAAAACAAUGCAAAUAAUAUUGAUAAUCAAUACUUACAACAGCAGUAUCUCGCGCAAAACAAUUACAACGUUUAUGAUCAAACGCCACAACCAAAACCGUUACAAAAGAAAUCUGUUUCAUUUGAGCCUGGGACAAAAGGCGGCACCGAAUCACCUAUACCCCCACAAAUGAAUGGGAAUAGUUAUUAUAAUGGAGAAGGCUUGAAAAGUGCAGCGUUAGGACAAAAGACAUUAUGUAAUUUGUGUAGGAAAAAAAUAGUAUGUUCUCCAUCGUUAUAUUGUCCAGACUGCGAUUUUUAUAUGUCAAGAUUCAAACCACGUUCAUAGCAUAUAAUUUGUCGUCAUAGUUUAAAGGCGACUUUUGCUCUUAAAAAAUUGGAAUGAACUAGAUAGAUGAUAUUUAAUUGAAUUAUUAAUGUAAUGUAAAUAUUAAAAUCUUAAUAACGUAUUAUAAAAAUAGAUACGACUGAUCUCAUUUGAGAAUUGUACUAGAUUUAGUUAUGUGAUGUACUUAUAGGUGAAACUCAAAUAGGUACGUUAUUUAAAACGUAUAAGUAAUGUAAAUAUUAAUAUACAAAACAGAAAAUGAUACAUUUUAUACAUUGAAUGAA